AUGGCCGCCGAUGACUUGAUUUGUAUGGUGUCUUUAGGCGAGAAGGCCAUAUUUAUGAAGCUCUGCUCGACAACACGGUUUUAUGAACUGAAAUUUGAUGUGGCUGAAAGAAUGAAAGUACCUGAAGAAGCUUUAUCCUUGGUAUAUAAAUCCGAGAGGCACCCCAACUUGACUUUUUCGGUUGACAACGAAGAUGACUUGAAGUGCAUGUUGGAGUACAAUCGAAAUGUCGGUUGUACAGAGAUUCACAUGCUCGCUGUUGUUAAUAGUGCUGUUAAUAAAGAGUGUUCCAGUUCUGAAAUAAACCAGAAAGUUAUUGGUGGAAUCAGUGAUGCCUCUUUGAAUGAAGAAUAUUGUCAUCCCCCUUCUGGCGGAAAUGCUUCCAAUUCAGAGAGAAUCCCAAAUGAUUGCCCGUCUGGUGAGAUUGUAAUGAGAGCUGAUGAUAUUAUCAGUAAAACUUACAGCAUUCCAGACUGUUGGCACACAACAUUAACUAAAAAGGGCCAACAAUUUAAAACUGUUAAUGAUUUAAGACUAGCGUUGCAAUACUAUUCCAUGGCGAAAAAGUUUGACUACGACUUUGUAAAGAAUGAACCUAAACGUAUCCGAGUUAUUUGUCGAUAUAAGGAGACGUAUGGAUGCCCUUGGAUGCUGUUUGUAUCCCCUAUAAAAAAUAAAAAAAGAAUUGAAAUCAAAAGGUUUGUGAAUGAACAUAGUUACGGACAACAUACUAACUUGUCAGGGCAAUCACGGGCAUCUCGUAGAUUCGUAGCAGAACAAUUGCGACCUGUCUUAAAGGUUCGACCUGAAAUCCGCCCAAAGGAUGUGCAAAAGGAGUUCCUCACUCGAUAUGGAUUGAGACUUGAAUACAGUAAGAUAUGGUGGGGCAAAGAAAGAGCGCAGGAGGCUAUGUACGGUGAUAGUUAUGAGUCUUACGAUCAAUUAAGAUGCUCUUACAUGUUAAUAUACAUUACCCUUAUGUUCCAAUGUAUUACAUUUACGUGUAAUGUGGUCACACUGUUGUACACGUAUGAGAAAAAGGUGAAGGAAACAAAUCCAGGAAGCUACAUUUGCAUUGACCAGAAUGAAGGAAGGUUCAAAAGACUGUUUAUAUGUUAUGCUGCUUGCAUCGUUGGUUUCUUAAAUGGGUGUAGACCUCUAUUAUUUUUGGAUGGGACCUUCUUGAAAGAUAGAUACAAAGGCCUGCUCCUGAGCGCUGUAGCAUAUGAUGGAGACCAAGGGAUAUUUCCACUUGCGUAUUGCAUAUGUGAUCAGGAAAACGUUGAUAAUUGGAGAUGGUUCCUGCAAGGCUUGUGGUCUAUACUGUACGAAAGGCCAGACCCAUAUAAUCCUCCCCAUCAACUGGUUAUUAUUUCUGAUGCCGACAAGGGAAUCCAAGAAGCGAACGACUACAUGAAGGAUAUAUAUGAGAUGUCUCCAGCUGCAUAUGAGAUUGUAAUUAACUACUCGCCAGAGCAUUGGGCGAAUGCCUUCUUCCCUGGCAUUAGAUAUGGUCAUGUAACCUCUAACGUUGCAGAAUCCUUUAACAGCUGGAUACGUGAAGCUCGAAUGCUGCGUAUCCUGCAAAUGGUGGAGCAUAUCCGCAAGCAAAUUAUGACUCGCAUGAACAACAGACGCAUAAUGGCUGAAAAGUGGACAAGCUAUCUUUGUCCUAAAGCUGAGCAGAUUGUUGGAGAACAUAUGGAAAGAGGAUCUACGUUAGAGAUUAAGCAAUCUAGAGAUGAUAUAUUCGAAGUGCAAUCACAGAGAACCACUCACGUUGACUUGGGGAAGAGGACAUGCACUUGCCGUGCUUGGGACUUAACUCGUAUUCCUUGUGUGUAUGCUUGUGCAGUCAUCAUUUAUAUGAAAAGAGAGGUAUAUCAGUAUUAUGACUGGUUCAUGUCCGUAGAGGCGUUUAAGAAGAGCUACGAUGAAAUAUUAUAUCCCAUACCAGAUUAUGAGAUGCGUAGUGUGCCCAAGGAUGAAAUCCAGAUUUUGCCACCAAUUACCAUGAAGUGGAGGGGAAGAAAUAGAACAAGACGCAUAAACAACAUAACCAUUAUGAAACGUCCUGUCAAAUGUGGUCGAUGCAAGAGGGAAGGGCACAACCGAGCAACUUGUAACGAGCCCAUCCAUGAUUAG